UACCGCCGCAAUGCACGUCGACAACCUUAUACCUUCUCCCGACAGGAGGAGACCCCGGGACGUGCAUGGCUCCAUGAAUGACAUGGGCCGUGCGGUUCCGGAUGAGCUAGACAGGGAGUUGCCGGGCACGGCGCACCGUGGUCUCCAAGGGCGCACUGUUGUCAUCAUCGAAGCGCAAGCGAGCGAUUAUUCUGUGGAAUGAGUCCAAAUCUGCAGAAGCCAAGAGCUGAGUAUGGAGCUCCGUACGUUAGGUGGUAGAAUAUCCAUUCUUGGAAAGGCGUACCGUGGACCAUUUCUCGCAUUAUGGCAACGGGGGGAGAAGUGGGGACGUGCGUGGGAAGACAUCCAUG